AUGAGCUUCAACCUGCCUAUCCGCCACCAUCCCCUGUCUCGAAGGUCUGCUAGCCCGGCCCGUAUCCAGGCUACCCCCAUUCUAGCAGAACCACGAUACAGCUGUGACGGCUGCGGAACCCAGAUUCCCAUUGGCAGCACGUGCCCGUUCUACCCUCACAACGGAUCUCCUUUGGGUGUCAUAAAGCUUUCGAACCCUCGCAAGCUACCUUCCUGGCAAGCUAGGUGCCGUUCGAAUGCUCAGUCUGUUACUCCUGGUGGCAAUAAUGUCCCGCAGGCGGAGACUCAGCCGCCUCUCCAAGGUAUGGGACACGGCCAGUCGCUUUCGGUCCCCAUGAAAAGCGAGAAAUACCGCGACGCUCCUCGUGCAAGAGGUGGUGAUAUCCUACGUCCUCGCAACGACAAUAAUCGGAUCAACAAAAAUCCGCAGCCAACACCAGUACAGCGUGCACCAGUACAGGCUGCACCACUUCGCCGUGGCGAACUUUCCCCCAAUCUGAAAGCGUGGCAGGAGUUGGUUAUCGCCCACCGGCAGACCUACGGAGAACUCGAACCCAGAAGGCAAGCCGCGCAGGCCGAUCACUGGACUACGCAAAUGGGUCAGUUGAAUAUCCAAGAGUGUGGAGACCGUGCUUCCACUCCCGGAAGGUUCAUGGAAGAGUGA